UGCCACUCCCUGGACAAGCUGCGAGUGGAUCUGCUCACUGUCACCUCGUGCCAUGGCAUGUUGGAGAAGCGGGAGCCCCGGCUGGACAAGCUCUUUCCAGACACUGCCACUCCCCGGCCACGCCGCUUCGCAGGGAAGAGGGUGUUCUUCCUGAGCAGCAGAGUCCACCCAGGAGAAACACCCUCCAGCUUUGUCUUCAACGGCUUCCUGGACUUCAUCCUGCGGGAGGAGGACCCUCGCGCCCAGAUGCUGCGGCGGAUGUUCGUCUUUAAGCUCAUUCCCAUGCUGAACCCCGAUGGGGUGGUGCGAGGCCACUAUCGAACUGACUCCCGUGGGGUAAACCUGAACCGCCAGUAUCUUAACCCUGACGCCGAGCUGCACCCUGCGGUGUAUGGCGCCAAAGCUGUCCUCCUCUACCACCACGUUCACAGCCGCGUCCUGCCGGGCUCUCCCGACUGGAGGACAUACGUCUCCCCGCUCAGCACCAGCUCACUAAGCACAAAAUCUUCCAAUCAUUCCGUCUGCAGCAGCGCCCCGUCCCCGGAGUCGACUCUGUCAGAGCUGGAGAAAACCAAUAACCUCCGCAACUUGCCCAGCACCUGGCGUGCCAGCACGUACCUCAGCCCUUCUCAGGAAUCUCGCCUCUCGGGAGCGCCCGCCACUGAUCUGGGCAGCAAGGACCGGGCUGUCUGGAUCCUCCCUUCCAGCCGCCCUGCAGAGUGCAGUGAGGAGGAAGGCAGGAGGCCUCUGCCAGCACCUCUCCCUGAAACCAUCCUGCCCCAGGACAGCGGGCUGGCCUACUACGUCGAUCUGCACGGGCACGCCUCCAAGCGCGGCUGCUUCAUGUACGGCAACAGUCUCAGUGACGAGAACGAUCAGGUGGAGAACAUGCUCUUCCCAAAACUCAUCUCCUUGAACUCGCCUCACUUUGACUUCACGGGCUGUAACUUCUCGGAGAAGAACAUGUACGCCAGGGACAAGCGGGAUGGGCAGUCGAAGGAGGGCAGUGGGCGCGUAGCCAUCUACAAAGCCUUGGGGAUCAUCCACAGCUACACGCUGGAAUGCAACUACAACACGGGGCGCUCGGUGAACAGCAUCCCUGUGGCCUGUCACGACAAC